AUGCCUAAAGAAACUAAAGAAAAACACAGUAAACUAAAACUCGCUAUUAACCGAGAAAUCACUCCUGGCUUUGUUGAUACUAGUCCUAGAGGUCAAGAAAUCAAUGUUUCAAAGGUGCUAUUGGAGCAAAUCGAGAAAAAAAAGAAGUCAAAGGCGCUUACGAUAGGCUCGAAAGAUUUCAAUCCAGUCGCUUUCUUGGAUAAAUUUCAUGAAAAAAAAAAUGCUGAAGUGGAAGGCUCACAAGCACCAGAAUAUAAAGUCAAGUAUGAUCGUGAAAAGAAUGUCGUGUUGAGCAGACUUGAAUAUUUUAAUCGUGUGUUUACAUGUCAAACUGAAAAAAAGAAUAAAUUAAAAUUGGAAAAAAGAAAUGCCAAAAGAAAUGUUGCUUUGCAAUGUAUAGAAUAUAUUAAAAAAAGUCAUCUUUUUGAUACUCUGAUCGCCGUAAUUCAAAUAGAAGAUAAUGUGUUUUCCACUGAAAUGGAAGAAGUAAAACAUUGUUCACAGGCUUUUCUUAACGCAUUUCAUCAAAAAAUCAUUAUAGGAGAUCAGCCUAAAUACACUAUAGUCACACUACCACAACCUAAGCUCAAUAAAGUAGAAGAUAAAAUGGAUGUUGAUGAGCCAAAUCAACAAAUUGAACUUGACGGGCAAGAUGAUGGACAAAAUGAGCAAAUUAAAAGAAUUGUAAAGAACAAACCAGCAAAGCGCUUUACAUGCAUACUUAAAUAUCUCGGAAAUAAAUUUAAAUCUUGUGCAUAUAAUACUGUUGAAGAAGCACGGAGAGAGUCGGCUGAUAAAUGUGUUGCCUUUCUUACACGUAUCAGGCCAUAUGAUGUUCGGCUAAUCAAGGAGCUAGAAUUCAAACGAAAUCCUAACUUGGAUAAAUUAAUUGACUUACAUAAAAUCAGAGUUGACAACUUCAAUAUUCAUGAUAAAGAAUGCACAGUACCUCAAUCCAAACUUUGGAUUAAUAGAAUAACCGCUGAGAAUCCAGACAAACCACCAUAUGUAAUACUUCAAGAAUUCUGUCUAAAAUUCAAAAUAGGACAAGUACAUUUCAUUCCAAACGAAGUAGGAGAAGGUAGAUUCAAUUAUUCAUUAAAAAUUGAUGGUAGAGAACCCGUUAGAACUUCCAUGUGGUUUACCCAUGAGACGGAUGCUAAAAAUUAUGUUGCUAAAAAAGAACUAACUGCGCUUUUAAAAUUGUACGAAAUUAGCGAACAAGAGGAACUUUUAAGAGUCGCUAAUGAUUAUAAAUUGAAGAUUGGUUUGGUCAUUAAAGAAUAA